ACAUGGUUGUGGAACUCACAUCAGAUUUUGUGCAAAAUGUUGCAUAAUCCACAAUCCACAUUGGAGGGGGCAAAAUUGAGUUUUACCUUCCAAAAUAUCAUCAGAAAAAAAAAAAAAAAAUCAGAUUCUUAUCUCUAGUGUCCACCGUUCGUUCACACACUCGUUCUAUUCCAAUUCAAACUUUCGGCCCGCCGAUUUCAUCUCUGCGCAUGCGAGCUAAGUUGUCUUCCCCACGAACUACAAAAUGCAGAUGCCCGCGCCAAUUCGAGCUCCGACGUUUUUCUCCAGGCGGAGGCUUUUCGAGCAAAAACUCGCGGACCUCCACAAGUGCACGGACUUGAACCAGCUAAAACAACUCCAUGCUCUCAUAUAUAAGUCCAAUCUUCAUAAAGAUCCCUUCGUUGCGCCGAAACUCAUCUCAGCGUUGUCAUUGUGCCAACAAAUGUCAUUAGCAAUCAAUGUGUUCGAUCAAAUUCAGAACCCCAAUGCUCAUCUGUGCAACACGUUAAUUAAGGCCUAUAUUAGGAACUCUGAGCCUGACAAAGCUUUUGAGGUUUUCAGGGAAAUGCGGUGGUCUGGAAUUUUUCCGGAUAACUAUACGUAUCUUUUUCUCCUCAAGGCCUGUUCGGGGUUGCAAUCCGUGAAAAUGAUUCAUGCCCAUGUGGAGAAAUGCAAUCUUUACUCGGAUUUGUUCGUGCCCAAUUCGUUGAUUGAUGCGUACUCCAAGUGCGGGUUGAUUGGUGUUAAAGCUGCCAAGAUUGUGUUUGAUGUAAUGGAGGAGAAGGAUGUUGUUACUUAUAAUUCAAUGAUAAGUGGGCUGGUAAAGGCGGGUGAGUUGAAGCAAGCGAAGAAACUGUUUGAUGAAAUGCCUCAUAGAGAUAAGGUGAGUUGGAAUGCCAUUUUGGAUGGGUAUGUGAAGGCUGGAGAGAUGAGCGCCGCGUUUGAGAUCUUCGAGAAAAUGCCAUCAAGGGAUGUCGUGUCAUGGUCUACGGUUAUUUCUGGUUAUGCUAAAACGGGUGACAUUGAGAUGGCUAAAGUGUUAUUUGAUAAUAUGCCGGACAAGAAUUUGGUUGCAUGGACAAUAAUGAUAUCUGGGUAUGCUGAGAAGGGACUUGCAAAGGAGGCAGCCGGACUUUAUGACCUUAUGGAGGAGGCGAGAUUGAAGCCAGAUGAUGCGACUUUUGUUAGCAUUUUAUCUGCAAGUGCUGAGUCUGGUUUAUUGGGCCUAGGGAAGAAAGUUCACCGGUCUAUUCUGGAAAGUAGGUACAAGUGUGGUGCCCUGGUUAGUAAUGCUUUGAUUGACAUGUAUUGCAAGUGUGGAAGCUUGAAUAGAGCAUGGAGCAUAUUUAGUGCAAUGGGAAGAAAAGAUAUCGUCAGCUGGAAUGCCAUGAUCCACGGGCUAGCCAUGCAUGGGCAUGGACGGAAGGCUCUUCAGCUUUAUGAUAGGAUGAAGCAAGAAGGAUUUGCACCUGAUAAAGUGACUUUUGUUGGUGUCCUUGCUGCUUGCAGUCAUGCCGGUAUGGUCAACGAUGGGAUAUAUCAGUUUUACAGCAUGGUGAAUGACUACGGCAUUGCUCCUGAAAUAGAGCACUAUGGUUGCCUUAUUGACCUUUUGGGUCGUGAGGGGCGCCUCGGCGAAGCUUUUAGGCUUCUCCAUAACAUGCCUUUUGAACCAAAUAUUGUUAUUUGGAGCUCUCUGUUAGGGGCUUGCCGAAUGCAUAAUGCUGCGCAACUAGCUGAGGAGGUUCUUCACCAGUUAGUGAAACUAGAGACAGCUGGGCCAGGAAACUUUUCUGUGCUGUCAAACAUAUAUGCUGCAGCAGGAGACUGGGGAAGUGUUUCAAAUGCAAGAUUGCAGAUCAGAAAGGUAGCCAGCAAACGGCCUUCUGGAGUUAGUUUAAUAGAGGUAAAUGAUGAGUUUCAUGAAUUCACUGUUAUGGAUACAACUCACCCUAAAUCAGACGGAAUAUACCAGACGAUCAAGGGACUGAAUCAGCAUCUUACAAAGAUACCUUAUGCUCCAUCCAUUGUCAUCUAGAACCUGGUUGUGGCCCAGUGGGUUGAUGCCCUUGAUGUGGGGCAGAAAGUCUUUACGGUGAAUGUCAUCAGAACCUUCUCUGUACAGGCAUGAAUCAGCAGGUAUA